UCCACAGAGAAGUCGGAGUACAUGGUGCUCAGACCAGUACGGAGAGGCAAAGCGACGCGUGAACAACCUUGCAGACUGAAGCUGACUCUACAAGGCACAGAAAUAAAUGAGGUCGACACCAUUCGCAUUUUGGGUAUGUUGUUCCAGGACAACGGUCAUAACAGCGAAAUGAUCCGCAAACUGGAUAGUGUCACACAUCAAACAUCCCGCCUCAUCAAGCGAAUAUCAAACAAGCAUCACGGAAUGAAGGAAAAUGAUUUAAUUCGGCUCGUACAAGCUUUUGUGCUUAGUCGCAUCAACUACGUCGCCCCAUACAUGAAACCCUACGCAGUGGAACGCAACAAAUUAAACACGAUCAUCCGAGGAGCGUACAAGACGGCCUUAGGGCUCCCUAUUGGCACAUCCACUGACAAACUACGAGCGCUCGGAGUUCAUAACACCGUGGAAGAACUCAUUGAAGGACACCUUCACUCUCAAUAUACUCGCCUCACCACCACGGCGACGGGCCGACAUAUUCUUGCCGCGCUAGGCAUUCAACACGAGGGAACGACGCAGCCCAAAAUGAACCUCCCAAGGGAAGUCCGGAAGCACCUUCUGGUCUCCCCACUGCCGAAAAACAUGCACCCGGAAUACCACGAUGCACGUCGCCGAGACCGCUGCAAGCAUCUUCACGAACGAUACCAUCAGGAUCUCGGUGCAGUUUAUACGGAUGCGGCCGACCAUGCCACGAAUCCGGCAAUGACGAUGGUCGUCACGAACUCCCAGGGGGUACUUCUCAGCGGUGGAUCCAUUGCCACCACCAGUACUGAAGAUGCGGAAGAGACAGCCAUAGCUCUAGCCCUCACGCUACCUAACGCUACCACCAUCAUUUCGGACUCCAAGCGCGCAGUUCAAAAUUACGCCCGGGGCCGCAUAUCGAGGUUCGCGGCCAGGAUCCUCCGAGACAUCGUCCCUACUGACACGGUCAGCAUUGUCUGGGCACCCGCCCACUCCUCUCUCCCAGGCAACGACUUUGCCCACAACACCGCCCGAGAACUUGCCUACCGGGCACCGGGAGAUAGGGAAAGUGGUUUGACCCUCCACAAGGAUGUACUGACCACGUAUCAGGAAAUUACGCAGGCAUACCGUCUCGCUCGCGAACGAUACCCCGCCGGCCACAAAUCCUUAAGCAAGGCCCAGGAACAUACCUGGCGCCGAUUGCAGACAAACACAUAUCCUCAUCCCACAAUAUAUUCGCACAUUUAUCCCGAUAGGUACACGGGCAUAUGCAAAUUCUGUCCUCAGCCAGCCAACCUCACCCACAUGAUGUGGGGGUGCCCCAACCUCCCGAAGAGAUAUGGAAACGUCGAAACUAUGGAGCAGUGGGACGCAAUGAUGUGUAGCUCAGAUCCGGUCGUUCAAGCGGCGGCCUGUGAAUGGGCUGCGGGUAUACAAGGAUUCUACUCCCAUGCAGACGGCUGCAGUGACCAAAUGGUUCAUGACUUCUAUUUUGUGAACUGUAUCUGCUGCCUCUUCAAGGAGUUGGAUGUAUGA